GCUCGUCGCCACUUGAUGGCAAAAGCAGACCCCUUAAAACAUCUGGUUCACAGCAGCUGGCACCAUCACCAGAGUCUUGUAAUUCUCCCUGCAUAUACGCGUUUUCCAGAUUCACAUCGUCUGAAAUUGAUUUUUUUUUCCACCCUCCGACUUUACCUCAGGGACUCAAGUGGAGACGAGAUGUUAAGGCCGGAGUGAAAGCUCUUUGUUCUGCUCUUCUUGGCCUGGACUGAUGCCUCUUGGCCGCGCCGCUCCUCUCACUGCUCCACAGCUGCAUCAUGCGGAGCAAAAGGGCAGCGACGGCCCGGCAGCGGCCCAGACCGUAAUCCCCCCCGGGGAUCAGCGUUUGCUCAAGGGCGAGGACUCUGUCUUCUUACGUGUCACUUUAUGUCUGUCCCGGCUGGAAAAGGGAAAGAGUGUGUGACACUUUCGCAUCACGUAACCAGAAUUAAAAUCCCAGCGGCGGCUAUAAAAAGCCUCCACAGCUAACCUACACACUGUAAUCUGCCGGUCAGAGAGUCUCUAAGAAGAACAUGCUACGCAAAACUAUCUUGGUUCUUAAUUGUGUCUAUCUCUGUAUGUGGUGGGACAGUUUUGGCAAAGCUCCCCCCUGUGUGUGUGUGUGUGUGUGUGUGUGUGUGUGUGUGUGUGUGUGUGUGUGUGUGUGUGUGUGUGUGUGUGUGUGUGUGUGUGUGUGUGCUUGAGUCAGCUUGAGAAAGAUGCAGCAUUCGUUUAAACAUAGCGGGAGAUUGAGCUGGACAGUGAAUCACACGGAGAGAAGUAUGGCGAGACUCCUCGUCACAGGCUGUCAGCGGGCCUUCAGUUCCUCAUUAACCUGCGAUCUGUCGCUCUCCUGCCGUCAUGGCUCCACGUAUGGCACUUGCUUGCAGGGGCCGGCAGGCACCCCCGGCAGGGAGGGUAACCCUGGAACCAAUGGCAUCCCGGGGACGCCAGGCAUCCCCGGCCGUGACGGGCUCAAGGGCGAGAAAGGCGAGUGCGUCAAUGAGAUCUUCGAGGAGCCCUGGAGGCCCAACUACAAGCAGUGUGCCUGGAACUCUCUGAAUUACGGGAUUGACCUGGGUAAAGUGGCUGACUGCACGUUCACCAAGAUGCGCUCAGACAGCGCCCUCAGGGUCCUCUUCAGCGGCUCCCUGAGGCUCAAGUGUAAGAACGCAUGCUGUCAGAGGUGGUACUUCACCUUCAACGGAGCGGAGUGCACGGGACCGCUGCCCAUAGAGUCCAUCAUCUACUUAGACCAAGGAAGUCCCGAGCUCAACUCAACCAUCAACAUCCACAGAACGUCCUCAGUUGAAGGCCUGUGCGAGGGUGUGAAAGCAGGGCUGGUGGAUGUGGCCGUGUGGGUGGGGACCUGUGCCGACUAUCCCAGAGGAGACGCGUCUACAGGGUGGAAUUCAGUAUCCAGAAUUAUCAUUGAGGAACUGCCCAAAUAAAAAAGGAACCAGUCCUGGUAGUGUAACAGUAUGUUAUCUGGCUCUCUGAAAUGAUCAGGUAUGGUCGGCUGAGGGUUCACACAGCAUCACUGAUGGUAACUUGAAUGUUUGUAUGUUUUGUUUUAAUACUAUACUAGUCGACAGGCCUGUAAACAAGAAUACUGUGUCAUUCUGUCUGCCAAAAAUAAAACUUUGUACUGUAGCUUCUCUGCCUUUGGCUGCUGUUGGUACACAGCAACCAUUAAACAGACAUUGUGACAAGACACUGACCAUAUUUAAACUAUGUAAUCAUGUGACCUGUUUAUAUUCAUUAUUACUGUUAAUAAAGUCAUCCUUUUUUUAAAGU